GGGUAUUGAAAAGUAACAUGAUUGAUGCAAUCAGAAUUCUGAAAUCUGGUGACAAUGAGGACCUGAAGAACCUUAUACAAACCUUUAAUAUACAUGCUCGUGAUGCAGACAAUAAUACAUUACUUCAUCAUGCCUGUUUGUUGGGAAAUGUUGAAGCAGUUCGUCUUCUGUUAGAUAGUGGUGUUCAUGCCAAUGCUUGUAAUAUUGAUGGACAGACUCCAAUUUGUGAUGCAGCUCUAUGCGGUUCAGCUGAAAUAAUUUCCCUCCUACUUAGAAGGAAAGUUGAUGUCAACCCACCUUCAUAUUGGGGUUCUCCUCUAAUAUACGCGACGCAGAAUGAGUCGAUUAACGCUAUGAGAGUUUUGAUUGAUGCUGGUGCAAGUUUAAAUUCGCCUGAACGUUCUGGUCUUUGUCCUUUACAUAUAGCCAUUCAGAGGAAAUUUUAUGCUGGGAUCUACCUUCUACUUUCUAAAGGUGCAGAUCCGAAUUGUGGAGUCCGAUUGACAACACCUUUACAUAUGGCAGCAAAGUUAAAUGACUUUGAUAUAACACAACUGCUGUUAGAAUUCGGUGCAUUCCCAUCUCCUAUAGAUAAAGAAAAUCAUACUCCAAUUGAUUAUGUCCCUUACACAAGUCCUGUUUACCAGCUAUUAAAAUCUGUACAAAAUCAAGUUCCAUCAUUACAAUCACUUUCAAGACUGGCUAUAUUAUCAUUGUUGCGUUCUAGAAAAGCAUUACCAAUUCGAGAACUUGUUCUACCGAAUAUUUUAAAGGAUUAUGUGUCAUUUCGUUAUCUCCACUUUCUUGCUGAUUAA